UACGGAACACAGAGUAACAGGGCGCAGGUAAGACAAGGGGAUCAAGGAUGGCAGAGUCGCACAGUAAUAAUUGUUCCGUUGCUGCGAAGGGGCCAUACCAGCGCACCGAAACGGGUAAUGAUGACAGGGACAGAAAACCGCUGUUGCCAACGAGCAGUCGGAGGUCAUCACAGAGCUGGCAGGACAUGUUAUCAGACCCUUGGUGCACGAAAAUGUACGAUUUACUGACUGAGGGUGCAGCGGAGUGGCCCCAGUCCAGCGGGGAACAGUCUUCCUGUUGUGUGGGAAAACGGAAAGCAGGGGACAUGACUACUGCGAGGGAUGAGCAGACGGACAUCACUGACGUGAACGAAUUAUUCCCUUUUACAUGGAAAUCUGCGCAACACGCCAUACCCGCAUCAAAAUCCGACAUUGAACGGUUGUCGGACGACGGAUGGCUGAACGACAAUAUUAUUGACAUUUAUUUGCAGUCUGUGUAUGAAGAGGUUGGGCGGGGCCAGGACAGGUCUUCUGUUCACGUCUGCACAACUUUGUGGCAUCCCGAGGUCAUCGCCAAUAAAAGUUUUGGGCAGUUGAGGAAAAAAGGAUGGGAGGACGCAAUUAAGAUCAGACCACAGAAGUUGCAUCGACUGUGCAACGAACUGCGACGCGCGUCGGUCACUGUGAUACCAGUGAACCGUAACAAACACUGGACUCUUCUUCUGUUGCUGAAUGUGAGGUUUUUCUUGGAGGUCACUGCGGACAACCGCAUAUCCGACCCUCCCAUUGCUAUCGUCGUUGACUCAAUGAGAGGAAAAAAGCGAGAAGAAUGGACGGCGUUGCGAAAACUUUUGUGGCACGAGUACCUUCACGAGGCUUCUAAUUUGCAGUGUCUCACCCCCGAAAAGGUUCAUUUUUCGUGGGUGACAUGCAGGGAUCUGGCAGGAAGUAAACUUGUGCAUGCAGAAUGCCCGCAACAGAACAAUCAGACGGACUGUGGUGUUUAUGUGUGUUCCAUCGCCACCACCCUAAUACAAUUUCUCGGAAGAACCGCGGCAAAGGAUGUGAGGGCGAAGGACGUACUGGAAGUUAUCAAAACUACAACGGUGAACGAAAGAACUGUUCGACAAUUUCGCGAGUCGAUGGUGGACCGUCUUGCUGCAUGUGCUGCAGUCACAAAAGGCAACUGCACUUUAGCGGCUUCACAAGUAGCCAAAGCGAACAGCACACCCCAAGCGGAAGAAGAGGAGGAACACGACCGUUCCACGCCAGAGAAGUCAGACGGUGCAGAGGAUGAGGAGGGGGGAAACGAGGGAGACGACAGCGGUCCUUCCCGCGGGCAGUCGCAAGACACCGACGAGGACGACAACAGCGACGGCAAAUCGGCCAGCCAGAGUACCGGCGAAGACCGAAGCACCGCUUCGGAAGGAGAUGAUUCGCCAUCUCCUUCGAGGACGCUACGCAGCGAAGGAGAACGGCAGGCACGCAAUGGCAGCGACACCGAGGAGCCUGUCGGUGACAGACAAAUCGUGCAGCACGUGAGCGCCACUGGAAAAGAGGACACGUUUUUCGCGGCGGUGCAAGCAAUGGCCAAACUGGCAGGGGGGACAGCAGAGGAAGGGUUGCGGUCUCACAAUGCAGAGCGCGGGAUUCGAGCUGUGAUAGGGGAAUGCAACAGAAUUAUGACGACGAUCCGCGGAGAGAUUACCUGGCAGCUGAAGCAUUGGUUCUGGGCAGAAAAAGGGAUUCCGCUGGUCGGAUCGCAGCAAUCGGACCACCACCUCCCCGCUCGCAACAAGAUGCGCGCCGAGAUGAAAGAGAACAAGACAUGGAGACAGAGCGGCGACGAUCCGUGGGGCGCCCCCGCCUUCAAGACGACACUCUUAAAAGUUUUCCAGAUGAGGAAGGAAGGACGAAACCUCGGCGUCACCCUGCAGCAACUCGCUUUCGCGAAGAUGGUCAUUCAAUGUGAGAUAGAACAGACAACGAAGACGAUACGAGCUGCGGAGCAGAUAGAAAAAUUGGUAUCUAUAAAGCAGGCAAUCGUCUCAUCUCUACGAGCGCGCGACACGGUAAUGAGUUUUUCCGUCUUCAAGCUGGACAAAUCCGUAUCCGUGGCUGAGAAGGCAGCAGCCCUCUUUCGCUGUGGCACGCCGUCUGUCGACAGGCCUGGCCUCCCAAGCACCACAAUAACGGAUGACGAUUACGACGUCGAAUACAUUCUCCCUCAGAGUACACCAGCCGGCGGCGGGGGGGCGCGCACCGACAGUCUGUGCGCCGCACCCUGAAAAUUUAGGGACAGUUUGACUACAUUUCGACAUGGAAGGGAGGAUGCUGGACAAUGACCAAACGGUGGAACGGAAGGUUCUUUUUGUAGAAGUUUCGAAUCAGGAGAUGCAAAAUGGAAGGGGA